AUGUCGGCACUGACAACAUCAUUCACUAAUGCAAUUGCGGCCAAUGCGAACAAUGCACGACAUGAACGUUAUGCAGCCCAUAUACCUGUGAAUAAAGGCGAUAGCGGAAGCGGUCGUCAAAGUACGAUUAGCCAGGACAGUCAGCAGAGCAACAACGAUAUGCGGAGCGGAGUUUCAGAANCCAAUGCGAACAAUGCACGACAUGAACGCUAUGCAGCCCAUAUACCAGUGAAUAAAGGCGAUAGCGGAAGCGGUCGUCAAAGUACGAUUAGCCAGGACAGUCAGCAGAGGUUAGCCACAGUGAUUUUUGGAGAUUUUUUGGAGACUACAGGUGAACAAAAGUGA